AUGCCCGAUCGAGUUCUACCCUUCUCGUGGAAGAGGUUGAGGAAGGAGUAUUGCAGCGAAGAAGAAUGUCUCUUGGCUAUCCGUGGCCAGCAGCUCCCUCGAGGACUAGGCUUCACCACUACCAGACUGUGCGUCGUUCGUGGAAUCAGAUACCACCCCGGGUUUGCUACUGAGCUACAUGGAACAUUGCCUCUCUUUACUCGCGCCCUGAACGCACGAAGGAUCAUGAGCAACGACAUUCCGGACAUGGAGAACCCAGAAGACUUCCCCUACUGUAUCUGGUACCCCGAGCAGGCGACUGAAGACACAUACCGACGACUCGCUUCACGCUAUCCCGGAAUGAAAUAUCAAGUCGGGCGGGCCUGUGCCGUUGCGGGCUACUAUAAUCUGUUCAAGGAUCUUGGUCUGCUACCCGAAAGCCACAUAGCGGAGGAAGCCCGGGACAACCAGCAAUGGCCGAUAUAUGAGGACAUCAUGAGGGCGAGUAUUCGAUACAACGCCAUGGAUGACUACUCCCGCACCGUGUACUCACAACCAAUAGUGGGGCAUUUGAAUGGAGACACCGCGGUUCGAUCAUAUCUAGACAUCAAAACCAAGUUUCGGAAGCCCGAGUCAAAGGGAAGCUAUGGCCCCUUUCGAAGGACCUCCUAUUUUGAUAUAGCAGAGGAUGAUCGCGUUGACGAGCUGAGCACAAAACCCCCGCGAGUCACAGAAGACGUCACGCCUUUGCUGUACACACCACUUCCGGUGGAUCUGCCCACAAUGAACAAAGACCUUCUAAUCUUAAUGGCAGCUUACUAUGGUGACAUUGAUCGUUAUAGUCGCUUACGACGUCCGGCAUCUGUCUACAGUGAGCAAGAAUGCAUCGUUCGGGGAAUAUAUCACAACACUUUAUUCGCGAAAUGGUGGUCCACUCAGCCUGACUCAAGCUACAAUGUCAGCAUGGCCAUAAAUGCUCGCUAUAUCAUGAACAAUGAUCUGUCGCGCAUUACGCCAGACACCGUCAGCCUUCCAUAUGUUAUUUGGUAUCCCAGUAUGCCGAGGCGAGCCACCUGCCGCGAGCUUGCGAGACGAGCACCUUCCAUGAAACCAGCAAUUGCCAUGGCCUGCAUACUGACCGAUUACGAAGAUGUCUGGGAUCUGCUUGACGUGGAUCCAGAUUCUAACCUAAUGUGUGCUGCCCGUGAAAGCCACAAUCCCAAAUAUCUGAAUGAUCUGGAGUCUAAAAUCGCGGAACGUGGCUGUCGCGAUCUCUCGCGGAGCCAGCAUCAUGCGUUGCUUCCCCGACGUCACAUGUUCGAGCCGUCGGUAUCAAUAGUGCCACCAAAUGUCACCAAAUGUAAGGCAGACUUAGAUGGUGUCCCGUAUAAUGGAUACGGCACGAGUAUGGCGUACGUUGAGCUGUUCGUGACAGCACCGGAUACCUUUAAAGAGGGAGAUGGCACGGACCUUGACGAAUAUUAUGACUCCUUAGGGCAAGGUUUGAGUUAA